GGGCAGGAGACGCAGAAGACGCACGCGCCGUGCCCGGUCCUAGUGCAAGUUCUACCGGCGCUGACUGCGGCUGCUGCGUGUACGUUUCCGUACGGGUGGCCGCGCGGCCCUGGGAUAGUCUGAAGAGGAUGCCAAAUGAAAGAAUCCCCGACUCAAGUCAAACUCAGGAGCAAGACUGUUCACAGAGCCAGGCUGUCAGUGAAGAGGGGACAAUCAAGCAGGAGAAGGAUGGCGACGUGGACCUGGGGCAGAGCCUCCCCUCUUGUUCCUCUGCUAAAGGACCCUCCACUUCCACCGAAGGGUGUCUCUUGGAACUUCCCAGGAGAGGGCCAGCCCUGCUGCACAUCGACAGACAUCAGAUCCAGGUCGUGGAGCCCAGCGCACAGGCCCUGGAGCUGCAGGGCUUGGGUGUAGAUGUCUACGACCAGGAUGUGCUGGAGCAAGGGGUGCUCCAGCAGGUGGACAGCGCCAUCCAUGAGGCCAACCGCGUGGCCCAGCUUGCUGAGGCAGAGAAGGAGUAUCGGUCAGUCCUGGACGACCUCACGUCAUGUACGACAUCCCUAAGACAGAUUGAUAAAAUUAUUGAACAACUUGGCCCUCAAGCUGCCACCAACAAAGACAUCAACAGGAAACUAGAUUCUGUAAAACGACAGAAGUAUAACAAGGAACAACAGCUGAAGAAGAUCACAGCAAAACAAAAGCGACUCCAGGCCAUCCUUGGAGGAGCAGAGGUAAAAGUUGAACUAGAUCAUGCCAGUCUGGAGGAGGAGGAUGCAGAAGCGGAGCCAUCCUGCCUUGGCAGCAUGCUCAUGCCUGCUCAGGAGACCGCUUGGGAAGAGCUCGUCCGCACUGGCCAGAUGACACCUUUUGGUACCAAGAUCGCUCAGAAGCAGGAGAAAAAACCCAGAAAACUAAUGCUCAAUGAAGCGUCAGGCUUUGAAAAGUAUUUGGCAGAUCAAGCGAAACUGUCCUUUGAAAGAAAGAAGCAAGCUUGUAAUAAAAGAGCAGCUAAAAAAGCUGCAGCCUCGGCCACUCCUGAGCUGAGCUCAACGCUCUGUGAAAACAAAUCAGACGAGAGAGGCAAAGUUCUAUCGAAAACAGAUAAACGCCUGAAAAAAAAAAUCAAGAAACUCCAGAAGAGGGCUCUUCAGCUCCAGGGGCAGGUGGGAUCGCUAAAGGGAAAGAAACCCUGGGAUUGUGAUGUGAGACCAAAGGCAGAGGGGGACUCUGAGGGUGAAGACUCUGAGUACUUGCCCACGGAGGAGGAGCUGGAGGAGGCAGUGGGUGCCGACCUGCCCGGGGAAAGUACUGGCUGGGAGCAGAGGCUGGUGCUCAGUCGCCGGAAACGGCAGAAGAAAGUCACUGUGCAGGAGAUCGAUGAUGACUUUUUUCCAAGUUCUGGGGAAGAGGCUGAAGCCACGGGAGGAGGUCGGAAGGUAGUGAGAUGCCGAGAUGAUGGAGAUGAAGAUUAUUAUAAGCAACGAUUAAGGAGAUGGAAGAAACUGAGACUGAAGGACAAAGAGCAGAGUUUGAGGCUUGAAGAUGAUUCUGAGGAAAGCGAUGCUGAAUUUGACGAAGGUUUUAAAAUGCCGGGUUUUCUGUUCAAAAAACUUUUUAAGUACCAGCAGACAGGUGUUAGGUGGCUGUGGGAAUUGCACUGCCAGCAGGCAGGAGGGAUUCUGGGAGACGAAAUGGGAUUGGGCAAGACCAUCCAGAUAAUUGCCUUCUUGGCAGGUCUGAGCUACAGCAAGAUCAGGACUCGUGGUUCAAAUUACAGGUUCGAGGGGUUGGGUCCGACCAUAAUUGUCUGUCCAACAACGGUGAUGCAUCAGUGGGUGAAGGAAUUUCACGCGUGGUGGCCUCCAUUCAGAGUGGCAAUUCUGCACGAAACGGGGUCCUUUACCCACAAAAAGGAGAAACUAGUUCGAGACAUUGCUCAUUGUCACGGGAUUUUGAUCACUUCUUACUCCUACAUUCGACUGAUGCAAGAUGAUAUUAGCAGGCAUGACUGGCACUAUGUGAUCUUGGAUGAGGGACACAAAAUUCGAAAUCCAAAUGCUGCCAUCACCCUUGCUUGCAAACAGUUUCGCACGCCUCAUCGCAUCAUCCUGUCUGGCUCACCAAUGCAGAAUAACCUCCGAGAACUGUGGUCUCUCUUUGACUUCAUCUUCCCUGGAAAGCUGGGUACAUUGCCUGUGUUCAUGGAGCAGUUCUCAGUCCCCAUCACCAUGGGGGGUUAUUCAAACGCCUCCCCGGUACAGGUUAAAACUGCUUAUAAGUGUGCGUGCGUCUUACGAGAUACCAUAAAUCCAUACUUACUGCGGAGAAUGAAGUCAGAUGUCAAAAUGAGCCUUUCUUUGCCAGAUAAAAACGAACAGGUCUUGUUUUGCCGUCUUACAGAUGAACAACAUAAAGUCUACCAAAAUUUCAUUGAUUCCAAAGAAGUUUACAGGAUUCUCAAUGGAGAGAUGCAGAUUUUCUCUGGACUUGUAGCCCUAAGAAAAAUCUGCAAUCACCCUGAUCUCUUUUCUGGAGGCCCCAAGACUCUUAAAGGCAUUCCAGACGAGGAACUAGGGGAAGAUCAGUUUGGAUACUGGAAACGUUCUGGGAAAAUGAUAGUUGUUGAGUCCUUGCUGAAAAUAUGGCACAAGCAGGGCCAACGAGUGUUGCUGUUUUCUCAGUCCAGACAGAUGUUAGACAUCCUUGAAGUAUUUCUCAGAGCCCAAAACUAUUCCUAUCUCAAGAUGGAUGGCACCACGGCGAUAGCUUCCAGACAACCACUGAUUACAAGAUACAAUGAGGACACAUCCAUAUUUGUGUUUCUUCUGACCACUCGGGUGGGUGGCCUAGGAGUCAACCUGACGGGCGCAAACCGCGUCAUCAUCUAUGAUCCCGACUGGAACCCAAGCACAGACACGCAGGCCCGGGAGCGAGCGUGGAGGAUAGGCCAGAAGAAGCAGGUGACGGUGUAUAGGCUUCUAACCGCAGGCACCAUUGAAGAAAAGAUUUACCACCGACAAAUCUUCAAGCAGUUUUUGACAAAUAGAGUGCUAAAAGAUCCAAAGCAAAGACGAUUUUUCAAGUCCAAUGAUCUUUAUGAGCUGUUUACUCUGAGUAGUCCUGAUACAUCCCAGAGCACUGAAACAAGUGCUAUUUUUGCAGGAACUGGUUCAGAUGUUCAGACACCCAAACGCCAUUUAAAAAGAAGACUUCAGCUGGCCUGUGGAACAGACCAGAAUGUCCCAGUGGGCAAAAAGUUCCCUGAUUGUAAGACAUCUGCAAAUGAUGCCAUGUCAUUGGAAGAGACAUCUGUGGGAGGAUCAGGCGCUGAAGUGAAUGCAGUAACUUCUGACCAAGGCAUUCCUUUGAAUGAUGCCGCUCAGAUACCUCAUAGUCUAACCAGCAGUGAGAGGCUUGGAGAAGAGACAGAUACAGUCUCCAGACCACCGGAGUCCUUAGUGAGUCAUGAAAACGGGGACAGUUCAGAUUCUCCAAGAAUCAGCAGAACGUGUGGGACGUCUGGUGAGGAAAGCAUCAAUGAAAAGGAGAGUCUUUCUGAUAAAAGAGAAAGCUGCCAGGUUCAGGGAGAACCUCUUUGGGAGAAUGAGCAAACGGAAAAUAAUUUUUAUAAACACAAAUCGAAAAUGAAACAUCAUGUGGCAGAAGAGACCAUGGAGAAACACCUGGGGCCGAAUCAAAAGCCGAAGAGCUCUAAGCACCGCAGAGACGCCAAGUUUGAGGGAACUCGAAUUCCACACCUGGUGAAGAAGAGGCAGUACCGGAGGCGAGACAAUGAAAAUGAGAGCGAGGCCAAGGAACGCAGCCAUGACGACUACGUCCUGGAGAAGCUUUUCAGAAAAUCAGUGGGUGUGCACAGUGUCAUGAAGCACGACGCCAUCAUGGAUGGAGCCAGUCCAGACUAUGUCCUGGUGGAGGCGGAGGCCAACCGCGUGGCUCAGGAUGCCCUCAAAGCACUGAGACUCUCUCGGCAGCAGUGUCUGGGAGCAGCGUCUGGUGUUCCCACUUGGACUGGCCACAGAGGGCUUGCUGGUGCACCAGCGGGAAAAAAGAGCAGAUUCGGUCAGAAAAGGAACUCCAGUUUCUCUGUGCAGCAUCCCUCUUCAGCAUCUCCAAAGGAAAAAUGCCAGGAUGGUGCUGUGAAGAAGGAUGGAAAAGAUCAUGCUUCAGAGCAUUUUAGUGGAAAAGUUGAAGACAUAGAGUCUUCAUCCGGGGCCCUCGCUUCAUCCUCACUCUUGGCUAAAAUGAGAGCUAGAAACCACCUGAUUUUGCCAGAGCGCUUAGAAAGUGAAAGCGGGCACCUCCCAGAAGCUGCUGCUCCGCUGCACUGCAGCACAGAACACGAUGACCUUCUGGUGGAAAUGAGAAACUUCAUUGCCUUUCAGGCCGAAGUUGAUGGCCAGGCCAGCACCCGGGAGAUACUGCGGGAGUUCGAGUCCAAGUUAUCAGCAUCACAGUCUUGUGUCUUUAGAGAACUCUUGAGAAGUCUGUGCACUUUUCAUAGAACUUCUGCUGGCGAAGGCAUUUGGAAACUCAAGCCAGAGUACUGCUGAGCCACAUUCCUUUCUGGACUUCUAGUUGACUUUUUCUGGUGAAAGCAUUAAUUAUUUGAUUAUCAUGUUUGUCAGUGGAAGUUGGCUGUAUUUGAUGUUUACUUUGAAUGGUAGCUACCUCAUAAACAAAACUUUAGGGAAGUAGAAAUUCUUCUCUAAAACUUAAGUUUUAAAAAUACCUGGGUUGACUUUUUUUCUUUUUUUCCGAAAUGAAUUAUGUUAUAAAAUCAGGGACCUAACCGUUAAUCCUUGGAGCACACUUGUUCUUUUACCCAGAAGAUGCUAUCAGGGAACACAUUACUUGUUACUCAUUGGAAGUCUAUAGACUAGAACUUGCAAGAAUUCUUGUUAUUGGUGCUAAAAACAUGUCUUACAUUCAGUUAGACCUGUUCAGGUAAUCAGUUCAUCAGUAGCUAUUAACAGUAUCAUUUGAGUACCUCAUUUUUAAAUGCUUAAACUGAUCAUUUGCCACUCAAAAAAGAGAUCACAUUUGUUACCUUUUGAAUCCUAUCGAUUGCCUUUAAACAAUCUUCCAUUAAGGUACUGUUAAAUUGGCAAGUUUUUUAUUUGUAAAGCAUGGAAUAGUUUGGUAAUAAGUGAUGAGAUGUGUUAUUUGCAGAAGGUUAUAGUUUUCUCAGUUUAAAGUUGCUUUAUUUUAAACAAAGGGCACAUUUUUCCUCCUACACCGACUCUUGGUUUUAGGAAAAUGAAAUGUGUUAUCUUUAAAAAGCAAAAAGCUCGAGGUUAACCAAAAGUAAGUACAGAUAAAACCACCAACACAUACCCAUGCAUAGAAACAUCACUCCAGAGCAUACCCAGAUAUACCAUCAUCACCACAUGGUGACCACCAUUCCAGCCUUUUCUCUGCUUCCAUGCUGGGAGGGAACCUUGAACAUUUUUUCCUUAACUCACUGUCUUCCUUUCUGAGGAUGCCGGUAACUUUCUGUCAGGCUUCACUGUUCUCUUUCCUCUGUCUAGUCAUUUUCAUCUCUCUUUUCCCUUUGCAUUCACCGUGACUCUACAGUUUUAGAGGUUUGGUUUUCAUCUGCGUCUGUUUCUGGUUGUUGUUUAUGUGUUUAGAGUUCUGUUAUGGUGGUGUUUCGAUCCUUAGUUUGUUUUCUUACCCUUGUUUUUCUUUCCUUCUCACUGUUAUUUUAUCAUCUCAGCUCUGAAGUCUUGUUUUCUUAAAUUGACUGGAUUUCUUUAGUGUCUUCUAGAACUGUCAUGGUCCAGUUUGUUUGUUUCUUAGAUUUGUUUUCUCUGGCUUGCUGUUUUCCCUCUUUCUGAUUUUUCUGUGUUGUGUUUGCCUUCCUCCCAUCUAGCUCAUGCUGAAAGUGAGCAGCUGGGUCCAGAUCUCUUGUGUGCUCUUCUCCGCCACUCAAAGAGGAGCGCUCUGGGUUUCAGAGUCGAGGAGAGGCUCCACUAGGCAACAUGAAGCUUUUGAUUGAAGACUUGGGUUUUAGUUAUGUUUUCUGAGAUUUUGUUAAAUAGCUUGGCCCGUGACUCCCUCCCUUUAGACAGGAGAUGUCAUAGUCAGUCAUAAUUUCCAGCAGGAUUUUCUGCUUCUUUUUCUGGAUUGUGGCUUGUUCAUUUCAUUCAGUUUUUAGAGUGGUUUAUUAUUAGAGGAAGAGGAUCCUAUCAUCUUCAUUCUGCCAUCAUUGUCUAGAAAUAAUAGACUUUUACACGGGUCAGUACAUCCUAGACUUGACUACUUGGCUCAGAAGGGAGUCAAAACUCAUGAAUUUUGUUUCUGGGAAGUUCUUUUUUUGUUGUUGUUAUCUUUAACCUAUAAGAAAAUUGCAUCCCUCUUGUUCUCAGAUUAAAGUACUGAUGCUGUUCACGAGUAUGAAGUGCUUGGGCAUCAUAUCUCUGUUGUCUGAAAUCUAAAGUCUACUGAGCAAGGGAAGUUGUAGCCUUCUCUUUAAGUAGAAAAUGCUGGCAAAAGUUAUGAUGCGGUCACAUGGCGAUGGUCUUCACUCCCAGCCUGUCUCAGCCCUACUACCCGCUGAGACCCUGGGUAGUCACUGCCUUGCCUGUGUCUCAGUUUGGACAUUGGUAAACUUUGUCAUCAUGCCUCUGGGUGGAGACACUUAGAGGAAGAUGCUCCGAGUAUCAUAGUUUUAACAACGUAGAAUAACUUAUUCAUUUAGAUGAAAAAUAAUUUUUGGACCUUUAAAUCUUUGUACAAUGUAAAUAAUGUAUUUAACAUGUUAUAUUGGUAUUAAGCUACAAUAAAGGAUUUUAAAAUUUUGUGAAAUGUGAAAAAUUCCUUAGUUAAAACAUGAUCACUGUUUAAAACAUUUCAAGCAAUACUCUGCCUCCCACUCCUCUUGCUCCUGUUCCAGAGAUAAGUACUAUAUUUGGUGUGUAUUCUUCUAAGCUGUUUUCUAUGCCUUUGCAGAUACAUGUGGCAGCAACUGCUGCUAUAAUGUCCAUUUUUCCCUUCUCCUUUCCUGCUAAGACUCCCGCCUUUUACCUGGACACUAAGGCUGCUCACUUAACACUCUGCUAAAUGGUUAAUUGUGACCACGUGACAGGCAGUGGGAUGUGAAGAGAACGUCCAGACUGUGCCCUGAAAUAAGAAAUUGGGUAUUUACUUCGCUCAACAUUCCCCUCUUCUGCUGGCCACCUUGCCUUUGGGAGCUUAAGCAGUAACAGAAAAGGGUCAGAGUUGUGUGCUGAGGAUGGAGAUUCUGGCCUGCCAGUCUCAAACUGCUUCCUUUUCACCGGUUACUUAAGAGCAAAAUAAAUUCCUGACUUGUUUAAACCACUAUCUUUUUGAGUCUCUUUGUUACAGCAGCUUGUUUUGUUUUACAUGUGAUUUUACAAAAAUGCAAUUAUUAUUAUCCUCGUUAUUUAGCAACUAACUUCUCAUUUAACGUACGCUAGACACUUUUUCAUUUUUCUAAGUGUAAUUCUACCUUCAUGGAAUUGCUGGACUUAAAAUUAGUUGGGUUUUUAAAUUUAAUGGAUGUUGUGGAACUACCUCCUUCAAUUCACACCCCAUAAAAGAACUAAUUUCUCCGCACUCUUGCAAACAGUAGCCCAUGUCAAUCUCAGGAGUUUGUUUUCUGAGCCAGUGUUGUGGUUGAAAAUACCUUGUUUUACCUUGAAUUUUUCUGAUUACUUAUAAAACAAACAUUUCCAUUUGUAGAUCCUCCUUUACAAGUUUCUUGUUCAUGUUAUAUUUACCUAGUUUUACUAUAGGUUCUUUUCUGUCUUAGAGAUAUCUCUAAGACAGAAAGGCCAUUGUUGCUACUAAUAUUGAAUAGUCCACUCUUUUCUCCGACCAUUUGAAAAAUGCCAAAUUUAUCAUAUGCUCACUUGUCUGUUUCUGGGUAGUGGAUCUAGAUUCUGUUCCCAUGACCACACAUUUCACUGUCUGACUUGGUACAGUGUUGUGCUAUCUAUAGACCAGUUUCCUUUCCUUCUCCCCCACUGCCGUUGUCUUAUUCUUGCACAUUUUCUGUUUCAGGUGAAACUUAGAAUCAGUUUAUUAAGGUCCACUAAAAUCGUGUUGCUCUUUUGAUUGAGAUUGUAUUAGUUUAUACAUUAAUUUGAGGAUAAUAGACUUAAAUAAUAUAGUUUUUGCCGUUAGUAUCAUGAUAGGCUUCAUUUUAUUAGAGUAAUUUUAAUAACUUUCUUCAGGUUUUGCACAGUUCAUAUUAGGUCGAUUCCUAGCUAUUUUAUAGAUGUUCCUAGCUAUUUUAUAGAUGUUUUGUUAGGGAUUUUUUAACUUCUACAUAAAGAUAUGGAGAAUUAGAACAGAGGACUUUAUGAUAUUAUACAGAAGUUUUUAAUUUAAAUAUAGUCAAAUCCAGUUUCAUUUUGUUUCCUUGAGAACCCUUUUCCUAACUAAAGCCAUGAUUACAUUCUCAUAAAUUCUCUUGUAAACUCCAUGUGGAUAGUUACUUUUUCUAGCACCUUUAAAAACUGUAUUUCAUCCUUUCCCUCCUGAUUUAUAAGCCUUCAUCUAUCAUUAUACCUAAUUUCCAUGUAAUUAUGGGAAUAUUUCUGGCCUCUGUACUCAUGUUAAAUUGGUCUACUUACUUAAUUUUGCCAAUAACCCACCAUUUUAAUCAUUGUAGCUUUAUAAUUGGCAAUCAUAAUGUAGUAGAAUGAUUACCCUCAUCUUCUAAGAAAUUUCUUGGACCUUUGUUCCUAAGUUUUGGAAUCAGCUUGUCACAUUUGGAUCUUGUUUUUGAAAUUGUAAUGACUGUACAGGUUGCUUGCAGAGGAUUGUUUACUGAGUUUCUCAACUAUGAAUAGAACACGUCACUCUAUUUAUGAUACAUAUUAUAAAGACAUAAUUCCAUUGUCUUUCACUUACAUCUUACAAGGUCAUGCACAUCUUACAUUUAUUGCUAAUUCUACAGUUUUGCUAUCAUAACACUUUAAGUAUUCCAUUUUUUAGUUUAUGAACUGGAGGAUUGUUGGAUUUUACAUAUUGGUCUUGUAUUUAGCAACCUUGCUGAACUCUUUUAUUAAAUCCAAUAAGUCUAUAAAUUGUCCUGGAUGUAACAAUCUUGUCAGCUGCAAGUAAUGACAAUUGUAUUUCUUUCACUUCAAUACUUAUACUACAUAUUUCUAAUAUGAUAAUAUAUUUGACAGUGAUUGGCAUCCUUGCCUUAUUCCUGACACUGAAGAUUAAAUUUCCAAAGUUUUACCAUUAAA